CUUAGAGUGUGGAAAGAACUUUGCCCAAAGACUUCCAGACACCAUAUGUAGUCUUGGAGUAAAGAAGAUACCCUAUGUACACAGAAAUGUUUGUUAAAAACUCAACCCUGAAACCCUGAGUUCAUUGAGCAAUGCAGAGUGGCCAGCUUUCUCACCACAUGAGGAUCCACACUGGGGAGAAACUGCUUGGAGUGUCGGGUUUUCCUCCAUCUGGACUCUAGACCUGGCUUCCCAUCUGAGGAUCCGCACUGGGGAGAAUCCGUAGAAAUACCUGGAGUGUGGAAAGCGUUUCAGCGUUCAAACGCCUUCUGUUGCCAUCAGAGAACCUACACGGGCCAAAAGCCAUUCAAAUGCUUAGGAAGUGACAAGAGCUGUAGGAAUAGCUCAGAGCUUACUUUACAUUGUGCAAGGGAGAAGGUCCAGAUUGAACAAGCUUUCACUGCAAGAAUAUGUUCAACUGUAACAAGUUGGCGAUCAAAGACGAAGCAGAAGAAGACCUUGAUGCGAUCAAAGAUGAACCAGGAGAAGACCUUGAUGCGAUCAAAGAGGAACCAGGAGAAGACCUUGAUGCGAUCAAAGAUGAACCAGGAGAAGACCUUGAUGCGAUCAAAGAAGAACCAGGAGAAGACCUUGAUGCGAUCAAAGAAGAACCAGGAGAAGACCUUGAUGCGAUCAAAGAUGAACCAGGAGAAGACCUUGAUGCGAUCAAAGAGGAACCAGGAGAAGACCUUAAUGCGAUCAAAGAAGAACCAGGAGAAGACCUUGAUGUCACCCCGGCUGGGAGAAGCGAUGGUGGACCCCGGGUCACUGCUGAGGGGAAGACCCUCCUGGAGGAGAGUCUUGGCCCUGAUGGACAGCCAGGGCCAUGCAAAAUACAACCGGCAGGAGAGGCCAAGGAGGUUGGCUCGGACACGAAGCAGGGGCCACCCCUCCGGUGGGUGGUGAAGGAGGAGGGCAACGGAAACUCAAUGCUGCAUCCUCUUUCUCCCUCUUCCUCAGGCAAAGAUGGGUGCCUUGAUAUGCAUAAAAGAAAUCAUAUAGGAGAGAAACAUUAUAAAUGUGAGGAUUGUGGAAAGACCUUCACUGAGAAAGCAAACCUUAAAGUGCACAGAAGAAUCCACACGGAAGAGAAACCAUAUAAAUGUGUGGAAUUUGGAAAGAGCUUUAGUGGGAGGACGAAUUUUAAAGCGCAUGAAAGGACUCACAUGCAAGAGAAACCAUAUAAAUGUCUGGAGUGCGGAAAGAGCUUCCAUACGAAAGGGUACCUUGCUAAGCAUAAUAGAAUCCACACAGGAGAGAAACCAUUCAAAUGUGUAGAUUGUGGAAUGUCCUUUAGUUUUAGAGCAAGCCUUAAUCUGCAUAAAAGAAACCACACCGGAGAGAAACCAUAUAAAUGCACGGAGUGUGGAAAGAGCUUCAGUAAGAGAGGAAACCUUACUGAGCAUACAAGAACCCACUCAGGAAAGAAACCAUAUACAUGCCUGGUGUGUGGAAAAAGCUUCCAUGUUAAAGACUAUCUUAAUAAGCAUAAGAAAACCCACACAGGAGAGAAACCAUACAAAUGUGUAGAGUGUGGAAUGUGCUUCAGUUUAAAAGGAACCCUUGAUGUGCAUACAAGAACCCACACGGGAGAGAAACCAUAUACAUGUAUGGAAUGUGGAAAGAGCUUCUACGCGAGAGGGCGACUUACUGUGCAUGAAAGGAGCCACAUGAAAGAGAAACCAUAUAAAUGCCUGGAGUGUGGAAGGAGCUUCACUGUGAGGAGGAAAUUGACUGUGCAUGAAAAGAUCCACAUGAAAGAGAAACCAUACAAAUGCCUGGAGUGCGGAGGGAGCUUUUCCCGGAAAGCAGACCUUGGCUCCCACCAAAGAAUCCACAUAAGGAAACAAACCUAAAUGCUUUGAGCGCGGAAGGAACUUCACCCAAAGACCUCCAGGCACCAUAUGUAGUCUUGACGUAAAGAAAGAUACCUUAUGUACACAGAAAUGUUUGUUAAAAACUCAACCCUGAAACUUUGAGUAGACUUAUUCAUUGAGCAAUGUGAGUACUGCAGCUUAAUUCUUAUAAAAACGGAACCAUUCCCCUUCUUUGAAGGGAUGAGUGAAUGGCAUUAGACUUGUCCAUCUCAGAAGAACCUUUUCUUUGCCAUGGCAUUGCUUUUGGCUUUUUUGUAUGUCUCAAUGGGGAAAUGGUGGGGGUCACUGGCACUUUUUGCUCUCCAUGGAAUGGCCCUCGACUUAUCCAUGGGUCGUAUCAAAAUCCAUAACGUUGGCCUCAAAAGCCGCCUUUGACUUAUACAACAAGUCAACUUAUCCAUGAGCAUAUGUAGGAAAUAUGGCAAAGAAGAAAUACUUUAUUUCACUGCAUAAUAGUCACACUUUUUCCCAUGGAAAAAGGGUGUGCGGCUAUUACCCUGUUUCCCCUAAAAUAAGACAUCCUCAGAAAGUAAGACCUAGUAGAAGUUUUGCUGAAUUGCUACUCCCCUGAAAGUAAGACCUAGCAAAGGUUUUGUUUGGAAGCAUGUCUGCUGGACAGAACACCAAAGCAUGCGGGAUUGGUAAAUGUACGUACCAUAGAGUGUUGUACAUGGAAAUAAUGGUAGUAACAAGAAAUUAUUGAUAGGAUUCACAGUUUGUCUGGUUCUGCUGGUUUGUGAUGACAGCUACUGUACAGUAUAUAAUAAAUGUUCAUUUUUUUGUUCAACAAUAAAUGUGAAUUCUUCAUGGAAAAAUAAGACAUCCCCUGAAAAUAAGACCUAGAGCAUCUUUGGGGGUAAAAAUUAAUAUAAGACACUGUCUUAUUUUUGGGGAAACACGGUAUGUGAAGAAAAAACCUUGUGGUUUUUGUUUUUGUUUAUAAUAAUAAUAAUAAUAAUAAUAAUAAUAAUAAUAAUAAUAAUAAUAAUAAAAACGCCUGAGCUCCAAAUUGGGAGGAAGGGGAGAGAUGAUCCAGAGAGAAACCCUACAAAUGCUUGGAGUGCUACCAGAGCAUAGUAGUCCACACCUUAGUCACGUUUAGACUACUGCAACUCUCUCUACGUCGGGCUGCCUUUGAAGAUAGUUCAGAAACUUCAAAUGGUCCAGAGAUCAGCAGCCAGGCUACUAACUGGAGUGCCGUUCAGGGAAAGAACCAUUCUCCAUGCUGUGGCAGCUCCAUUGGCUGCCAGUCUGCUUCUGGUCUAAAUAUAAAGUGCGGCAAGACCACCCAACGGCGGAUGUCUUCCACUGCAUUGUUCAUAGGCUAUGACGAGAAACCGCUCACCCUGCAAAUGUUCAUCGGCAUGGUAGAUGAACGCAACCUGCACCCGCACGCUUUCUAUCAGGUCCACUGUUUCACGGGGACGAUGGCGGCCACCACCAGUUACGAAUCCAUCAUCGGCGGCACAAAGUUCCUCGAGAAGCUCUCAGAGAACAACAUGUCUGCAAACAUUGACUGUGCUGGGAUCUUGAAGCUGCGGAAUUCGGACAUUGAGCUGCGCAAGGGCAAGACGGACAUCGUGCGCAAGAACACGUGGUCUUCUGGGUCCACAUGCCGCAAGCGAAUGGCAAGGUGGUCUCCAUCCAGGUGGCCAUCGAGUGCUCCCAGCGCUCAGCUCAGGAGCUCCCCCAAGUUGAAAACUACAGCCUCAGUGCCUGCUCCAUCCAUGGCGGUGAAGAAAUGGCGAUCACCGGAGCCAACUUCCUGCCCGACUCCAAGGUUGUCUUCAUUGAGUGAAGCCCUGAUAUGCAGCCUAUAAUGUAACCAUCCUGCUUGCCCUUGGCUCACUUUGGAGCCUAUUUGAUGAACCGCAUCUCCAACUAUAGAUCAACUCGGACACUGUGGUCAUUGGAGGAGGUCCUACUCUUGGUCCCACCUGAGAGAAAGGGCCUUCUCCGUGGCCGACUCCACCUCUGGAACUUCCUUCCUAAGAAGUUAAAGACGGCUCCCUCCCUCCCCACCUUCAAGAAACAGCUGAAGAUGUACCAUAGCUCACUGGCUUACGAGGAGGAGGAGGAAUACAUUAUAAUAAUACCAUUAUACCUCGGAUUAAUAGCCGCCGUCAUUAUCCGUGCCCUGUUUGCCCCACCAGCUCAAUAGACAUUUUGAGCAAUGAUCAAUCUAUUUUCCCCCAAGGAACUGGAAAGGCUUCUGUUCGAUGUUUUGUUUUAUGUCUGAUAUAACAGGUUGUGUUUUUAAUUUAAUUUUAGUUGUUAGUUCAUAAUUUAUUUUUAUAUAUUUGGUUGUCAAUUUUCAUCAUUAUGGGUGUCCUUUAAAAAAAUAAUUUUUAUUACUAACACAAAAUUGUUUUAUCCAAUAUAUAAAAGGAGAGCGGAAGGGGCCAAAGACAUAAUACAUGGGGGAAAAAAAAAACAGAAACAAACAACAAAAAAAGGAAAGACUGAGGUAUCUUGACUUCCAUCUACUUCUUGGUAUGGUCUUCUCAAAAACAAAUUCAUAAAUACAAAAAGGGAAAUGAUUCCCUUUUCGUCUUUUUUCAUAACUUCCCCUUUCUCUCUGUAACUAUUUGUGGGCAGCUAUAUUCUUAAAAAUUCUUUCUAGUUUAUGUUAUUAUUUUCAUCUUGACUUGUUUCAAAUGGUUCUUAAUUGGUUGACAGUCUGUCUGAGUUUUUGGUAGUCCUUGGCUUGUUUGUAUCAGAUAGUUUAAUCUCUUCAUAUUCAUAAUCUCCAUUAUUUUUACCAGCCAAUCUUCGAUGGAAGGUGUUUCCUUAAGUCUCCAAAUCCUAGCAUAUACUAUCCUUGCCGCGGUGACUAGGUAGUUGAAUAAAACUACCUGGAAAGUGUGGAAAGUGCUUCAGUGAUCGAAGAGCCUUCUGUAGCCAUCAGAGAACCCAUGCGGGCCAAAAGCCAUUCAUAUGCUUAGGAAGUGGCAAGAUCUGUAGGAAUAGCACAGAGCUUCCUUUACAUUGCGUAAGUCAAGGUUAAAAUGAUUGUAUAUCUGUACAGCCUAUGUUAGCCUUUUAUAGUGUGCAUAUAUGUCUGUAAUCAGAUAAUAAAGAUUUCUGAGCUUGA